AGGCACCUGGUGGCACAGAGGGCCAGGGGCACGUGGGGGCUGUCAGAAGUGGGGGGAGCGUGUGCCUGGGAGGGGUUGUUGGACACUUGGAAGGGAUUGUUGGGCACCUGGAAGGGAUUGUUGGGCACCUGGAAGGAUCCUUGCAAGGUCCGUGGGAGAGCAGAGGUGAGCAGUGCACACCAGGCCGGAGGUUUGCACAGCCAGGGCGUGUGUGGAGCUGGGGUCACACAGCUGGCGGGGCUGUCACACAGCAGCGAGAGGGACACACGCCGGGGGGACAACAUUGCACACCUGGCAGGGGCUGGAGCGGGACUCGCGCAGCCGGCAGGGACGCUGUGAAGGUGGCACGGGGGUCACACACGCGGGGGCGGCUGUCGCACACACAGCCAGAGGGCUGCACGCCCGAGGGCGGCUGUCGCACACACGGCGGGGACACGGCCACGCUGGCCGGUGGUUUCAGAGCCGGCCGGGGCCCCGGGCACGCUGCCCCACCCCGGGCACAGAGGCGGCGCGGGGGGCGGUGCCGGUCCCUCCUCCGUCGCUGCCGCUCCCGCCCCGUGCCGGCGCCAUGGCGGGCGCGGGCGGUGCCGGGGACGCCGGGGAUGUGCUGAGCGGCGGUGCCGAGCGGCGGUGCCGGGCGCGGCUGGCGGCGGCGGGCGCGGGCGGCGCGGCGGCGGCGGCGGCGGUGCUGGUGCCGCUGUGCUCGGUGCGCGGCCGCCCCGCGCUGCUCUUCACGCUCCGCUCCCGCCGCCUCGCCGGCCCCCACAGCGGCGACGUCAGCUUCCCCGGUGGGCGGCGGGACCCGGCGGACGGGGACGCGGUGGCCACGGCUCUGCGGGAGACGCGGGAGGAGCUGGGGGUGGCGGUGGCAGCCACCAGCGUCUGGGGACAGCUUCGCACGCUGCCCGACCGGCAUGGAAUGACCGUGGCGCCCAUCGUGGCCAACCUGGGCCCGCUGGAGGCCUUGACUCUGAACCCCAACCCUGACGAGGUGGAGGAGGUGUUCACCCUGCCCCUGGCCCACCUGCUCCGUGAGGAGAACCAGGGCUACACACACUUCCGCACGGCCAGCGGCUACGGAUACACCCUGCCCGUGUUCCUGAACGGCCCCCACAAGGUGUGGGGGCUCACGGCCAUCAUCACCGAGCUGACCCUGGAGCUGCUGGUGCCGGGCCGCUACCGCAGGAAGACGCGCGUGCCUGCCCGGAAAGGCCUGGCCUGAGCGGGGGGUCCCCGUGCCUCGGCUCUCCACCGCGCACGGGGGAAACGGCUCCGGGCCCAGCAGGGAUGUCGCACACUGUGAUUCAGUAAAAGCCAUGUUUGGAACUGC